GUUCCAUUUUGAAAUUUGGCAGUGUCCAUACAAACACUAUUAAACUGAUUUACAAUUUGAUUUUAUUAUAUUCUUCGAAUUGUUAUCAAAACGGGAGAAUGGCGAAUCAUAUGAACGUUAAGCUUCACAUUUAUGAUCUUUCAAAAGGAUUAGCCAAGCAAAUAUCAAUGAUGAUGUUGGGCAAACAAAUUGAUGGAGUAUGGCAUACAGGCGUUGUUGUUUAUGGUAGAGAAUUCUUUUUUGGAGGGGCUGGUAUACAGCAUUGCCCCCCAUGCGGCACAGUCCUAGGGAGCCCUGAUAAUAUUGUGCAACUAGGAAGGACUAACAUGUCGGAAAGUGAAUUCAAAGACUUCCUGAAGAGUCUGUCUAUCGAUGAAUUUAAUGCUUCAAAGUAUCAUCUAUUGAAGCAUAAUUGCAACACAUUUAGCGAUCGUAUCUGCCAAAUGCUUGUCCAACAGCCCAUUCCGAGUUAUAUCACCAGUCUGCCGAACGACGUCAUGUCAACACCUUUCGGAAAAAUGUUAGCGCCAGUUAUCGAGUCUAUGACAGUAGCUCCCGAAGGAGGAAUGUCAGUAGAUGAGUUUAAUAGAAAGAAGACACCGAACGAAACUUCAAAUUCUCCUCUGAUGAGCAUCAAAAUGCCCUUGGAUCUUUUCAACGAGCAAAAAGUGGAAAUUAAAUCAAAAUUGGACAGCAAUAGCUUUGAUUUACUUGAAGAGAGCUAUAAGUAUGCCUCACAAGAUAGUAACUCAACUGAAUGGUCAAUAGGCAGAUUUCACAUACGUUCGAUAAUUUCUGCGCUAUCUAAGAUAGAAGAUAGUAAGCAAAAGAAUGGAAUUUGUUCCUUAUUGACCAAUUGCUUAAAGAUGGAAGAGACAGUGGAUGUUCUACUAGAUGACCCAAAGGAGCCAAUAAAGGAUUUUUUCUCUCUGAAAGAUCCGAAAGUUUUGCUUAAUCCGCUUAUUAACGCAACUUCAUCAGUUUCCCUAAGUGACAAAGUGAUGAGAAAACACGCGAAGGAAUCCAUAAGAAGCGUUGUUUCUGGCCUACUGGAGAAUAUCGACUGUACAUCGUCAGCAUCAAAGUUGGCUUACAAUUUAUUGCAUUCUAAUGUGCAUGAUGACGAGUAUGAAAAUUGUUUGGAAAUAGGUUCAGCCCUAAUUGAGAAUAUUUCAUCGUCUGAUUUUAUAUAUAGUGCUAGUGAUGAAGAUUGUCUCACUAUUUUGCGAGUUCUCGAUAUGUCACUAGACGGGAGUUCAUCCGUAGCUGAUCUUGCUAACUCGACAGAAUUCCAUUCCACAUUGCAAAAUGUAUCUACUAAAAGAGAGAACAACAAAGAUAUUACGGAAAUGUGUAACUUUCUAUCAGCCAAGCUGUUGUCUUUAUCAUAAACUAUGUUUAAAAUUAGUCGUCCCUAAUAUUCUCUAACAAAGCAAUUAUCAAUUACUAUAAUUCAAAACAGUUCAUUAUUAUUUCAUGAAUAAAUAGUUUCUGAUUCGGAAAAAGCAGACCCGUUGUUUCCCGUUAUUGAAGAAUCAGUAAAACUUUUCGGUUUGCCGAAGUCUGUACAAACACCUUUGCAUUUUUCUUUAGUCUUUGAGACUCUAAC